AUGAACAAAACCAUUCUUCUUGUUCUUAUCGUUUGCUCUGCUAUAACCACAGUGAGAACAAAUACUGAUUGUGAUAUCUGCAAAUCUCUAGUAUUUGCAGUGCGCUUUGUCACGAAAAUGAAAAUGAGUGUUCCGGUAGGAAAGAUAGUGGAAUACAGAUGCGGGAUAUAUCCACGGGAGGACGAAGUAUUAUUAGCUAAGUGUAGUGAGGUUGGAAAACAUAUAGAGGAAGCGGAGGAAGCGUUGGCAGUUAUCAAAGACGCAGAUAAUGAGGAGUGGAAGAGCGAGACAAAAAUCUGCUUUGAAAAGCUUUCAUAUUGCGACAAACCUGGAACACCAGACGGAGAAACAGGACCAACAACAGAAGAACCAACUGAAGAUGAGGGAGGAAAUGGUGGACCAUCACCAGAAGAACAACCGAAACCAGAAGAAGAACCGAACCCAGAAGGAGAACCGAACCCAGAAGGAGAACCGAAACCAGAAGAAGAAGAAAAUACAACACCUGAACAGCCUGAGUAG